UCACAUGUUAUACUGUACAUUAGGGUGCAUCAACAAACACAAUUCUUGAAUUUUGAUAUGGCUGGGUGCUAAAAGUGUUCCAAUAUAUGUAGAAACAACACAUGCAAAAUAUUUUUCCAAUACAUGAUGAUUUAGGGGUGCCACCGCACAUCUGUUUUUGUUGGAUAAAGUGGUAAACAGUGCUCAAUGGGCGCCAUGGAGAUCUGAGGUAAACAAGACUGCAGUUCAAGAAAACUGAGGUGAUCUUUCUGUUUUUGUGUUGGGCACUGCACAACACAACCUACCCCAGGAUCCAGCUCUCCUAAGAUGCUGCCCUCACCAACUGGUCCCUGCCAGACUAGCAGUCGCAGCCUGGUCUUUGGUCUGGGCCCCAGCAUCACCAGUGAGGAUGGCAUCAUCACCGGCGACAAACUGCCAACUGGUCGUCAGAUCUUACGCUGCAUGCUUGCCAAGAAACCUGGUGCAAACGGAGCGUUGUCGCAGUUCGAGGCAACCAAGGGUGUCCUGGAGCAGGUGCGGCUAUUUUACAAGAAAGCCAACAUCCCAAUGGUGAGCGACAAGCGGGCCUGCCACAAGAUGGUAGACUUAGUCAAUGCUAACAACAAGCUGCGGAAAAUCUCCCAGGCCAAGCGCUCCAGUGAGACUACAGCGAAACAAUUGGAGAAAAUGGAGUGCAGACUUGAUGCCACAUUUCCGCUGUGGCCUCCAAAUGUUGAAAAGCUGAUUGAUAACCCAGAAGACCUAGCUUUCUUGGCCAGCAUGAAGACCGACAGAGUGGCCACAUUUGGUGUAUUGGACAAAAAGCUGCAGCUCAAGGUGAAGCGGCGAGAGGAGCGUCAAGCUGCUGCAGCAGCCAGGCAGUCCCGCUGUGAAAAGGAGCUGGAGGAGAUGACGGCAAUGUCCAGCUUGGUGUCGGAGAGUGAUGAGGAGCCAGAGGAGGAUACUAACACAGUCUGUCUAACAUCUGAGGGCGAACCAUCCCACAAGCGUAAGAAGACUGGAACAAACGUCUUCAUUCCACAUGACAUCCUUAGCCGACCAAGUGUUGUGUCACUGGCUACAAGGUUGAAGAUGUCACCAACGCAACAGGCUGCCUUCACGCGUGGCCUGUUUGCAGAGUCAGGCGGUGACUGUACACAUCUCUCUGCAUCUUACGCAACAGCUGACCGAGCAAGACGCCAAGUGCUGGAGACAAUCAGUGAGGAACGGCACAAGCAGUGGACACCACCUCCAUUGUGCACCCUACACUGGGACAUCAAGUUAACACCGAUGCUCACCAAUGUGCGCCAGUUGGAGGAGCGUCUUACAGUGGUGGUUGGAGAUGCAGAGCGGCUGAAACUGCUUGGUGUCCCGGCGUAUAAGAAGCAGACCAAUGAGGCAUGUGGAGUGAUCAUUGCCCGGUUGACAUGCAAGUUGCUGCAGGACUGGUGCUGCGCUGACCAGGUUGGCAACAUGGCAUUUGACACCACUGCGUCAAACACCGGCCAUCUCACAGCAGCCUGCAUUGCCAUACAGCUCUCACUGGGCCGACCACUGCUUUGGUCUGGGUGCCGGCACCACAUUGGUGAGGUCCUCCUGAACCAGGUUUUUACAGACCUGAAGAUGGAGACAUCGACGCUCGCCAGAGGUGGUGAAGAGCAGACUGCAGUGACCUUCCAACGACCGGGAGCGCUCCACAAGGCACGAUGGAUGGCCAAGCUGCUCUAUACUCUCAAGCUGGCUUUGAUGAAGCAGCACAUCGCGUUGCUUCCCCAGGGCACAAUUACCACACGGCAGCAGGUGCCGAAGAUUCGGGCAUUUGCCAUUUUCAUUACACACAUCUAUGCAAAGUGGUGGUUGACCUGCGAUAAAUCUGUAGAUGCUGCCUGGAAUGACCUGACACUCUACCACCACCUGCAGGCAUACAAGGCUGUAGAUGAAGGCAUUGCAGCAUCAGCGAUCAAGGCACUGGAGAGGCAUCGCUGGUACCUGACAGGUGAGAUGCUACCCCUGGCUCUCUUCAGCAGCAAGGUGCCCAAUGAGGACAAGCGUGCACUUGCCAGUGCGAUCUUGGAGCACAAGCCCGCUGAUCUCCCCAUGCACAUCCCUGAGCAGCGCUUUGGCACUGGCUUUGGCAAGCCAAAGUUCCCCACCCUCUUGCCAACCACCAGCUUGGCUGAUCUCGCCAAUAGGAUUGCUGGUUUGGGAUGCAGCCAGCUGCACAUUGAUCCAGAAUUGAUGUCUCUCGAUGUGAAGGAAUGGGCGACCAAUGCUGCGUUCAAAAAAAGUGAGGUCAAUGUAUGUGCAAUGAACGUGGUCAAUGACUGUGCCGAGCGUGGCGUCAAGCUCACGUCCGACUUCGUCGCAGUGGCCAGGAAGGAGCAGCACCUGCAGAAUGUGCUGCAGGCAGUUGAACAUGACCGCAGCCAACAGCAAAACCUUCGCCGCUGCAAGCUAAUCGCACGCUUGCGAUAG